UCGGAGGCUGAAAGAGUUGAGGCGCCAAGGAGAGAAGGGAGAACUUGCAGCCAUGCGGACGGACAGCAAGGCGGAGGUCGGGGACGCCGGCGACAGAGGCCGUGCCGUCGGCAGUCUGAUGGCGCUGACUGGGGACAUGGAGCGCUUGGAUGAGUACAUGCGAGACAAGCGGUUCGCGCCGCAGCUGGCCGUGUGGGCCCUCCGAGGGGUGACGCGGGUGAUUUUAGCCAACAACCCGCUGAGUGGCGCUCUCAUGCUGGUCGCACUCUACUGGGCCUCCCCCUGGCAAGGCCUGCUGGGCACGGCGGGCCUGCUGACCUCGACGCUCGUAGCGGUCAUCUUAGGACAAGACAGGGCAGAAGUGUGGGGAGGACUGCACGGCUUCAACGGCAUGUUGGUGUCCCUGCUGAUGGGAGCGUUCAACAGCGCCGGAGACUGGUACUGGUGGCUGCUGCUGCCGGCUUGCUUGGGCUCGGCUACGAGUGUCUUCUUCUUCAGCGGUCUGUCGUCAGUGCUGGACCGCUGGGACGUGCCAGUUGCCGUCUUUCCCUUCAACAUGGUCAUCGUCCUCUACUUCCUGUGCACGGGCCCAGAUAACCCCUACUUCCCGCACCGCCUCGCUGUACCGCCGAGCUCGGCGCCGCCCAACGUGACAGCGCUCAGUGUGGCAGAGGUGUUGCAAGGUGUCCCUCUCGGCGUGGGCCAGAUCUUCGCCUGCGGUUCUCUGGGUCCGUCGCUGCUCAUCCUGGCCGGACUCUGCCUCUACUCCCCCCUGCAGGCCGUCCACGCUCUGCUGGGCUCGGCAGUCGGAACUCUGGCUGGAUUGUCAAUGGCCGUGCGCCACGAGUGCCUCUACUCGGGUCUGUCGGGCUUUAAUGGCGCUCUGGGCUGCAUGGCGGUGGGAGGACUUUUCUUCAGCUUCAGUUGGAGGACCCACCUGUUGGCCAUCGCCAGUGCUUUCUUGUCAGCUUUUGUCGACAUCGCAUUGAGCAAUCUGCUGGGAGCUAUGGGCCUGCCGGCGUGCAGCUGGGCCGCCACGCUGACCGCUACGCUGCUGCUGCUGCUGCCGGGCGGUAUGUCCGCGUACCGAAUCCCGCUGGCUCGGGUCAGGGCCCCCGAGCGGAACCUGCGCUCCCGCAGCCGCUGGGAAGCCGGCAGCGCUGCGGAAAGAAACAGCACCGACGUGUAGCUGGAGACGCUUCGCUCAUCCAUCUGCUGAAGGCGAUGAAUUGCAAUUACACACGGAAGACAAAAGAGAUGACAACUGAAGGCAACUUUUAUUAUUAUUAUUAUUAUUAUUGUGCACAAGUGAAGGAAUAACUGCAUGUUCUUUUCCCACAAUGCUGCCGCUGUGGAUGAUUUUCAACAUAUUUCCCAGGAUUAUUGCCUUAACACGCCCCACAUACACUUCUUUUCAAAUUGCUUCUAUAAUUACGCCUAUGAGCUUUUCUGCCACAGUGCUUUUUAGUUCUUUUCUUUUGAAUCAACAUGCUUUCAGAUGUGGGACUUUAUUCUCUUCUCACAGACAGCGUUGAUGCGUUUGGUCAUAAGAAACAUACAAAAGUGCUUUUCAGUCUGUAAUUGAUUGAUUGCUUGAGCGUGAAUUGUAGAAAACAACCCAAAGCAAAGUAUGAAUACAAAAUACUUGCACAAAC